CAUCAAGAAUGAUGAGCCAUCCUUUAAAGACAUGGUCUACAAUUAUGAUUGGUCAUCGACUUUGCUUGGCCCUAUGGAUUUAUGGGAUCCUGCAAUUAAAAAUGCUGUGAAUUUGUGCCUCAAUUCUGGGCUUCCAAUGGGUCUCGUAAUCGGUUCUCCUCAUUGGACCUUAAUAUAUAAUGAAGCUUGGAUACCAAGAUUAAAAGCGAGACAUCCAUUCGCAUUUGGAAAACAACUUGACCAAGUUUGGCCUGAAGCAUAUGAUCUCCUUUUCUUCCGAUAUGAAAAUGUAAAAACAACCGGCAAAGGUCAAAUUUUUAUUGAUAAAUAUGAAUUACAACGUGAUGGAUAUAAAGAAGCAGCCUACGCGAAAUAUACAAUGAGUCCAAUUUUCAAAUCAGAUGGCACGGUUUGCGCUAUAAUGUCCGUGUUACAAGAAAAUACACAAAAUUUUUUAAAUGCCCGAAGGUUAAAAACACUUAGUGAAUUUGGUUUUCAGAUUUCUGAAAUUAAGUCUUUAGAAAGUGCCUGUCGUAUUGUUACAAAUAUAUUAAGUAAUAGUGUUGAUAUUCCUUAUACAUUGAUUUACUUUGUCAAUUAUAAAUCAAAUACUACUGAACCUCUAAUCGCCCGUCUGAUCGCUAGAACCUUUGAUGAAGAUGGUAAAAAAGAAUGCCAGAUUCCCGAUUAUUUACCAGAUUCUCCCGAAAUAGUUUACUUAGCUAAAGAGGCUAAUAAUAGUUACAACACAUACGUAGAAAUAAAACGAGCAGAUACAACUUAUUCUUUCUUGAAAUGUGAUUCUUGGCCAAUUAACCUUGUAAUAAAGGAAGGGAAACAUAUUAAAGUCCUUUUAAAAGAUGAAUCCCAAGCUUUUCUCAUAUCAACAAAAAUUUCUCUUUCCGAAGGGCAAGCUCUGUCGGUUAUAUUGAUUUAUGGCAUUAAUCGAUUUCGCACACUUGAUGAGCAAUAUAUAAAAUUUUUACAAUUAAUCACAAAAAAUGUUAAUACAUAUUUACUACAUGGGAUUAAAACAGAUGAGGAAAAAAAACGAUCUAAAAUGUUGGCUGAUUUAAAUUACCAAAAAGUCGUGUUUUUUCAAGGCAUUAGUCACGAACUAAAAACACCAUUAACCUUAAUGCUUUCGCCACUUGACGAUGUAAUUAAUAUAUGUACACAAGAGUCAAUAAUGCCAUAUCUUCAAACUAUUCGACGUAACGCUCAUCGAUUGCUUAAACUUAUUAAUUCUUUAUUACAAUUUUCAAAUAUGGAAACUGAUAAAUUUGAAGCACAUUAUCGUGAAACGAACAUAGUUGAACUUACUCAAGAAUUAGCUUUGGACUUUAAAUUUAUGGCUAAAAAAUUAGGCUUAGAUUUUAAUAUUAAAAUUCCACAUCCAGAAGAAUUUAACCAAACAAUGGGCGAUAAGAUUUACUUGGAUCAUGAUAUAUACGAAACAAUCAUAUUUAAUCUUUGUUCGAACGCAUUAAAAUAUACUUGGAAUGGAAGCAUAACGAUUCGCUUAUAUUUUGACUACAAAGACAAUCAAAAGAUGGUAGUACUUGAGGUUUCAGAUACAGGUGUUGGCAUUCCGAAAAUCUCCCUUCCAAAUAUAUUUCAACGUUUUUAUCGUGUAGAAUCUCAAGGGCGUAGUCAUGAAGGUACAGGAAUCGGGCUUGCACUUGUUAAAGAACUUAUUACACGCCAAGGUGGUGAUAUUACUGUAUCUUCAAAAGUAAAUCACGGAACGACUUUUAAAUGCUGGUUUCCAAUAAGAUUUGAACAUUUGCCGCAAAAUCAAAUAUACUUUAAUAAAAUUGAAAAUCCAAUAAAUCGUGAUCAGGAAUUAUACACUAAUCGACAGCUUAAUUUAGAAGAAAGUUCUCAAUUGAUAAACAAUAUCUUAGUUGUUGAUGACAAUAAUGAUAUGCGAAAUCAUCUGGCGGAUCUUUUAAAAGAAUUUAUCGUGCAUCGUGCUCGUGACGGCAAAGAUGCUUUACGAGUCUUAAACCAGCUUAACAAAUUACCUGAUUUAAUCCUUAGCGGCAAGUAA